CCGCAGCACUCUCACACACACGUUCGGCAUCAAGAUGUUGGACUCAGUCAUGGACGUCCUGCAGGGCUUUGGGGUCAGCAGCACCAACUACCUGCAGAGUCACUAUCAGGAUGCCAAAGGGCUGUUUCUCUGGGUGUCCUGGGCCGCUGACCUGAGGAACACCUUCUUUAUUUUCUUCCCACUCUGGUUCCACUUGAGGGCGUCCGUGGGAAUCAAGCUGAUCUGGGUGGCUGUGAUCGGAGACUGGCUCAACCUGGUUUUCAAGUGGAUCCUGUUCGGGGAGAGGCCGUACUGGUGGGUGCAUGAGACCCCUUACUAUGCCAGCAGCGUUCGCCCUCACAUUGAGCAGUACCCCAUGACUUGUGAGACGGGACCAGGAAGUCCAUCGGGUCAUGCCAUGGGAGCAGCAGGGGUCUACUACACCCUGGUUACGUCCAUCCUUGUCUUCACUGCCAGCAAGAAGAAACAUGGAAGCAGGAAAAGCAACAAUACCUCUAGGUACCUGAGAGUGGUGUUGUGGACUCUGUUCUGGGCCGUGCAGGUGUGCGUCUGUUUGUCGAGGGUCUUCAUUGCAGCCCACUUCCCGCACCAGGUCGUCGCCGGGGUCAUAACAGGGAUGCUGGUGGCCGAGGCCUUCAACAGGACCCAGUGGAUCUACAACGCCAGCAUGAAGAAAUACUUCUACACCACUCUCUUCUUGACCUCCUUUGCUGUGGGCUUCUACCUGCUGCUCAAAGCUGUGGGCGUGGACCUUCUGUGGACGCUGGAGAAAGCCCAAAAGUGGUGCAUUAAUUCCGAGUGGGUCCAUUUGGACAGCACGCCCUUCGCCAGCCUGCUGCGGAACAUGGGAACUCUGUUUGGUCUUGGCCUGGGCCUGCACUCCCCGCUUUACACGGAGACCAAGAAGAGCAGCAGCAAGGUGGUGAAAGCGGCGUGCAUCGUCUGCACGCUAGUUCUGCUGCACCUUUUUGACUCCUUCAAGCCUCCGACUCACACCAUCGCCCUCUUCUACCUGCUCUCCUUCUGCAAGAGCGCCACAGUGCCGCUGGUCACUGUCAGCAUCAUCCCGUACUGUGUGGGCGGAGCCAUGGGGCUGCACAGCAAGAAGGCAGUAUGAGCAGGAACACACAGCCAGAAACUUGAGUCAGGUGGCUCCAACAGAAGGAGCUGAACGAUCACUGGCACCAGAACUUUAUCGUGCCAUGUAGUCCACGCGCACUUAUGACCACCUCAGAACGUCACAGCUGACUAUGUUGAAUCAGAGCCGUGCGAGCGUCACAUGACGUCAGUUUUAUAGCUUUUAUUUUGAAACUUAAUUCUUUUUUUAUGGAAGAUUUUUAUUGUUCGAUGCUUAAAGGUGUAUUGAUGUGAUUACGUGUGUACAUAGACCUGUUUCCUCGUCUCGUUUUUCACUGUGUAAUGUCUGAUGCGUGGCCCUCAGAAAUACGGCGUUACGGGUCAGUUUCGUGAAGGUGCUAUAUGACAACUCUAUUCACACGAAUGU